AUGUUGGCGCUGGAGUCGGUCAACACUGGCGUGCUCGCCAUGGCUGGUUUCAUCGCUGUAUGUUUCGACGGCAAAACCAUCACGUUCAAGAUUCCCUACUGCAAGGCCGCGUCAUGGGUCGAACCGCACUCGUGCAACUCGCACUUGACCCAGUGGGAACAACACGUGACGUGCUGCAAGAGCUAUCACACCAUCAUCAAGGAGUACCAAGACGCGUGGGACAGCAAGUACGGCCGUCCCAACCGUGAACGCUACUUGGAGCAAGAAGUCGUCGAGCAAUACAAGGGGUACUCCGAGCCAAAGAACAUCCCCGACCGCCCGACGUGCGUCCCCGACAAGUACAACACUCAAGACGCGAUCUUCGAAAAGAUCCUCACGUCUAAGGCCAACACAGGAUACCAUUACAACGGCGAAUUGCUUCCGUUCCGGGCAGACCUUAGCUUCACCACGAACGACAUCCCAGCGGUCGACGCGGCGGUGUCGGCGCUCGAACUUUCGGAAAUCCCGUAUUGGAUCCACUGGGGCAAGCACUGCGCAAACGUGUUCACAGCGGCAAUCAAGGGCAAUAAGAUUCCAUUUGCAUCCAAGUGGUGCGACGACGUCAAGGUGUGGUUGAAGGACCAUGCUGGCAACGCCCGUGUGGCCGAUUUCGCCGCCAACAAGGACUACGCGCGUUGGCUCUCCUACAACAUCGUAGAAGCGGAUCGCAUCGACGACGACGAACCCGCGCUUAUCCAAAACGGAGACGACUUGCCUAUACCACGGGCAGAAAAAGUUCGCUUACUUCGACAAUUCAAUGGCAAUGUGGAAUUGUCGCGUUGA